AUUUCCGUUACUCCUGACUCUCGGGAUGUUUUUCCCAAAACAUUUUAGCUAGCCGAUGAAUUAACCUAAUAAUGUAUGUUUGUAUUUCACAAUGUCAACACACUCACGUUUAUAUCGGUUACAUCUAUAACGUUGAAGGAAUCUGCUGAUAUUGUUGUCUGCCAUAAUGGAACGUGAUAUUUUAGAUGCGCUGGAACAAGUUGGGUAAGCGAGCCACUCUCCGGCACCAUCAGAUGCUGGCAUCACGGAUUACGCUGUAGUCGUUCUAGGCAGGGGUAUUCAAAGUAUAUGCUCAUUCCCUCGCAAAUGCAUCCAUUCAAAAUCCAAGUGCUAUCAUAUGAUUCGACGCUAGCUAGCUUGCCCAUGCAUGUUCGGUAUGCUAAUACUAGCCUUACGACGUAAAUUACGUAUGUAUGCCGCCCUGGGUUCUCGAGCUAAAUUUGUUGUCUUUUGAUGCGCAGGUAUGAAGGACCUCUGCAGGAUGUGGAGACGCUUGUCAAAGCAUGUGAAGGUGGACUGUCAUCACCAGAGUAUGUCAACCUAUGCAUGUGGUUUGCAUCCCGUCUGAAACCGUUAUGUGACCUGGAAGAGAGCAGUACAUCAGGUUCUGGUGAGCCAAAAUACCAUCAGACAUCAUCACCUCUCACUGUCCCAUUUGGUUGACAUUUGUUUUGUUAAAUCACAUACUACCUAGCUAAUGCAGCCAAGGGGCCAGGGUUCCGGUUUAGAAGCAUGGUUUCGACUAGAGAAGUCCGAUUAGAAAAUUCCAAAUAAGACACUUUAGUCAUUACCUUUGUGCACUAAACAUCCGUAGAAUUAUUCAAGUAAUUGUCGCUGAGGCCACAUUUUUCUUUCUUUUUCUCAUCAUUCACAGCCAAAGAUAUAAAAUGUUUAUAUUCAUCCAAUGUCUGCCAUAUUUUUGGAUGACAUGAUGCACUGAGUCCUAGUGCGCUUGUGAAGUUGGGCGGUGUAAACCGGAUGCAACCCAGAUAUAGAUGGUCCAUGAAUCGACUUAUGCAAACAUGAGUAGAUUAGGUUGAAAACAACCCAAGUCUCCAGUUGUUUUAUACUUUAGUGAUUGCGAUGUUAAAGGAACCCUUCCAGAGGAAGUUGCCACCACUAUUUAGAUGUAAUUUCUUGUCCUAGAGAGGAAAUGCACGUUUAGGUUCCACCUCCGAAGAAUGACGAAGACUACUUAUACAUUGGUUCACGAAUUGGGUGUGGGAAUUUCCGGGUGAAGUUGAUAAACAUCAACAAAUAGGGCACUGAGCUGUCAGUGUAGCUAGCUAGCAUGCUAACCUUAUCUAGCUAGCUAAUGUUAUCUGUUGUUGCUGGGUUUUUUUUAACUACACCAUAUUCAAAAGAUUAGCCAGCUGGCUCUAUAGCUGGUUCUGCAGUUGGAUUUGUCAUAAGCAUUGAUUUAGGGAAAACAUCACCACAGAUGGAAACCACUGGCAUGUCUUUGACUUCGCCAUCUAUUGUUAUCUCCAAAGUUUUGGCAUCUUCCAUAAAUUGCGGCCGCGAAUCCGUUAUAGAAAUAUUUAGAAAGAUGAGAUGAAGCUCUAGUAAUAUGGUUAACUAUUGAAAGAUAGCUGGUAUGCAUUUUUAUACACUGUAAUGGACACGGUGGAACCUUUGGUAUGUAGGCUGCUGGCAGGCGGGUGCAACUCAAUAUUAGAAAGGUGUUCCUAAUGUUUGGUAUACUCUGUGUAUACCAUUUAUAAAAUGGUAAUAUAAAUACAGUGCAUUCGGAAAGUAUUCAGACCCCUUCCCUUUCUCCACAUUGUGUUACGUUACAGCCUUAUUCUAAAAUUGAUAAGGAUUUUAUUUUAUUUAUCUACACACAAUACCCCAUAAUGACAAAGCGAAAACAUAUAUAUAUAUAUAUUUUUUUGGUGCAAAUUUAUUAAAAAUAAAACAGAAAUAUCUUAUUUACAUAAGUAUUCAGACCCUUUGCUAUGAGACUUGAAAUUGAGCUCAGGUGCAUCCUUUUUCCAUUGAUCAUCCUUGAGAAGUUUCUUUAACUUGAUUGGAGUCCACCUGGGGUAAAUUCAAUUGAUUGGACAUGAUUUGGAAAGGCACACACCAGUUGGCAGUGCACGUCAGAGCAAAAACCAAGCCAUGGGGUCGAAGGAAUUGUCCAUGGCGCUCCGAGAAAGGAUUGUGUCGAGGCAUAGAUCUGGGGAAGGGUACCAAAAAAUGUCUGCAGCAUUGAAGGUCCCCAAGAACACAGUGGCCUCUAUCAUUCUUAAAUGGAAGAAGUUUGGAACCACCAAGACUGAGCAAUCGGGGGAGAAGGGCCUUGGUCAGGGAGGUGACCGAGAACCCGAUGGUCACUCUGACAGAGCUCCAGAUGGGAGAACCUUCCAGAAGGACAACCAUCUCUGCAGCACUCCACCAAUCAGGCCUUUAUGGUAGAGUGGCCAGACGGAAGCCACUCCUCAGUAAAAGGCACAUGACAGCCCGCUUGGAGUUUGCAAAAAGGCACCUAAAGGACUCUCAGACCAUGAAAACAAGAUUCUCUGGUCUGAUGAAACCAAGAUUGAACUCUUUGGCCUGAAUGCCAAGCGUCACGUCUGGAGGAAACCUGGCACCAUCCCUACGGUGAAGCAUGGUGGUGACAGCAUCUUGCUGUGGGGAUAUCUUUCAGUGGCAGGGACUGGGAGACUAGUCUGGAUCGAGGGAAAGAUGAACGGAGCAAAGUACAGAGAGAUCCUUGAUGAAAACCUGCUCCAGAGCGCUCAGGACCUCAGACUGGGGUGAAGGUUCACCUUCCAACAGGACAACGACCCUAACUACACAGCCAAGACAACGGAGGAGUGGCUUCGGGACAAUUCUCUGAAUGUCCUUGAGUGUCCCAGCCAGAGCCCGGUUUUGAACCUGAUCGAACAUCUCUGGAAAGACCUGAAAGUAGCUGUGCAGCGGCGCUCCCCAUCCAACCUGACAGAGCUUGAGAGGAUCUGCAGAGAAGAAUGGGAGAAACUCCCUAAAUACAGGUGUGCCAAGUUUGUAGCGUCAUACCCAAGAAGACUCAAAGCUGUAAUCACUGCCAAAGGUUCUUCAACAAAGUACUGAGUACUUAUGUAAAUGUCAUAUUUCAGUUUUUCAUAAAUGUGAUAACAUUUCUAAAAACCUGUUUUUGCUUUGUCAUUAUGGGGUAUUGUGUGUAGAUUGAUGAGUGGGAAGAAAAAAAAACUUUUAUCAAUUUUAGAAUAAGGCUGUAACAUAACAAAAUGUGGAAAAAGUAAAGGGGUCUGAAUAUUUUCCGAAUGCACUGUACAUAUACACAUAGACAGACCUAUUUUACAAAUACUUUUAGGGUAAAAAAAGGCCUAGGGGUUAGAACGUUGGGCCAGUAACCGAAAGGUCGCUGGUGGUGUUGCACGGGAUACCGAAACGUUGGUACUUUUUUGAUACUAGAACAUGAAAAACGGUUCUGUAAAAUAAUUUGUUACUUUCGGUACUUAUGUCAAAUGUGUCUCACUAAUCAACUCUUAUCAGCACAGCCGAUGUCCCCCUUAUAGAGAGAGCACUGUGCCUGCACUGGGAGUCUGGGCUGCAUCAUGUUAGCUCCCCGCUCAUGCUGCACAGAAGUUAACACACUUGAAUAAUGCGACACGUUAUGUAGAAAGGUUGAAACUUUGUAAAACAAUGUCCAUACAGGAUAGAACACACUACAAUGCAAGAAGAUACAGUUAGCUUCCAGCUUUGUUGGCUAACUUUUCUUGUUAGCUUACAGCUGACGUGAUCAUCAAUUCACUACCCUGGUACUUUGUGCAAACCAUAACGCAAAAUAUGCUGAUUUCAAAGCUGAUUGCCACCAAAACUUUAUUCAUUCACUUAAUCGGUCUCUCUCUGACGUCUCUCCCAAAGAUGAUCUAUUGCCUCAGCGAACUGACUAUGUAAAUGUUGUUGAUCAGUUCAAUAAAAUAAGUCCCAAAUGGAAGGGAAACAGAUUGUCAUCUGCUGUUUGGCUCAUGUCAGUCGCGAAGAGGAAUAACUUUGCAGCUGUUUCUGAUUAUUAAACAAUGCCAUGCUGGUGGGUGGUAACAUUAAAAUAAAACCCAGCCCUGAAACGAAACGUAGGCUGAAAAUAAAUAGUGUGUCAUAUCAUAGGAAAAGACACCGCAUUCACACAGAUCUGAAUGAAGUGAGCAGAUCGGAUUUGUCACUUCCAGCCCAAAUAUAUCAUACUUUGACUAAAACUCUGACUUAUUGACUUAAAUCGUUGUGCACCAUCAUGGGUAAGCUCUGGCUUUCGUCUUUCAGCUCGAAAAAGUGGAUUUCUACUAGUGUGGGCAUUUCAUUCUGAAACGUUGUGUUUAGGUGACACUGAUGGCCUUCGGUUUGAGAUGAGUGGCAUGCUGAAGGAGUUGCAGUGCCCCUAUCAAGGCCUUGUCUCCGGGAUUCUACAGGGAGGGCUGCAGAAUAAUAAGGACUAUCUAAAGCUAGCAUGUAAGUACUGAAAUGACCAUUUGUUCAGAAAACUGGUCUGAGUACCAUCAUGUUAUGAUACCCUUUUGGUGUGUUGCGGCUCUGCCAUGGUUCUGACAUAUUUAUUUGUCUGAGUUUCCAUUUUACAUGAAUGCGAUUUUUACCUGUGGCUCAUAUCUUUAUUCUGCAGUGUUUUUAAUCUCAGAGGUACAAGCUGCACAGAUAGUGAAGAGCCGACAUGUUGAGGACAAAGAACCCAAAGACCGAAACGAUCUCCAGGCAAUCUGUGAAACACUGAAGCUCCCAGAGCCAAGAGAGCAGGAAGUAGCAGAGCUGUUCUCUGGGAUAGAACAAAAGGUGUGUCAAAGUUAGUCUUGCGCACCUGACACUUCCUCUCUAACCUCAGGUCUGGUAUACCAAAGGUAUACCAAAAAUGGCCUUCAUUAACCCAAUAGAAAGUCUGUGAGAAAGUCCCGAAUGCAUAGCCAUUGAUUGUAUCUUUGUCUUUGUAUUCAACAGAUGUAUUGUAUAUAUGUAUUUCCAGAUAAACGCAGUGCUUCAAGAGCUUCCAAAGGAUCACAUUGGAAAGUCAGUACUGAAGAACUCUCUCGACAGUGAACAGUGGGUAAGCAGACUGCAUUCAGACUUUCACCCAUUUUUGUGGAGGCAAAGUUCAUAAUUCCUGCUAAGGCAUGAAGGGAUGUCAAGUGUGUCUAUUGACUCUGGGCCUUGUCUGUAUCCACAGGAAAGGCUGGAGCAGAUCAACACGGUCCUGUCCUCACAGUAUGAGUGUCGACGGAGGCUGCUGAUCAAACGUCUAGACGUCACUGUGCAGUCUUUCGGCUGGUCAGACAGAGCCAAGGCAGGUGGAGUCUUUGGGUGCAUCUCAAUAGUCUAAAGCAGGGAUGGGCAACUUUGAUAGGGGUGGGGGCCACAAAAAAUCUGAAGUCAUCAUGAGAGGCCGGAGUGGCUCGCGGGUCUGCAUACCCACAUCCAUACCCACACAUGCAGUCAGAGAAAAAUUAAAGUUUUACACUUAAUUUCCUGUAAUUUUACACAUUUUGCCAUGGAGCGUAGAGAAAAGAUUUUUAUAACUAAUUUCCUGCAAUUAUUCCUGCAGUUUUUAAUAUAUCUGAGUGACAGUGACUAACAAAAUCAAUGGGGGCCCCCCCGGUCGGUAAUUCGACCAUGAUUAGAUAGCUGGCAGCUAGACCAACUUAUCAAUCUACAAAAUGUUAGCUGAAAUGGGCUAAUUAAUUAAUGGGCUAAUUGAGUGACUGACAUAACAAGAGAGAAACUGCUGAUGCACAACCAAAUUUAGAAUUGCACCCCGUACAGUGCAUUCGGAAAGUAUUCAGACCCCUUUACUUUUUCCACAUUUUGUUACGUUACAGCCUUAUUCUAAAAUUGAUUAAAUACUGUUUUUCCCUCAAUCUACACACAGUACCCCAUAAUGACAAAGUGAAAACAGGUUUUUAGAAAUGUUUGCAAAUGUAUUAAAAAUAAAAAGUACAGAAGUAUUCAGACCCUUUGCUAUGAGACUCUAAAUUUUGCUCAGGUGCAUCCUGUUUCCAUUGAUCAUCCUUGAGAUGUUUCUACAACUUGAUUGGAAUCCACCUGGGGUAAAUUCAAUUGAUUGGACAUGAUUUGGAAAGGCACACACCUGUCUAUAUAAGGUCCCACAGUUGACAGUGCAUUUCAGAGCAAAAACCAAGCCAUGAUGUUGAAGGAAUUGUCCGUAGAGCCUCAGAGAUAGGAUUGUGUCGAGGCACAGAUCUGGGGAAGGGUACCAAAAAAUGUCUGCAGCAUUGAAGGUCCCCAAGAACACAGUGGCCUCCAUCAUUCUUAAAUGGAAGAAGUUUGGAACCACCAAGACUCUUCCUAGAGCUGGCCGCCUGGACAAACUGAGCAAUCGUCAUGAAGGGCCUUGGUCAGGGAGGUGACCAAGAACCCGAUGGUCACUCUGAUAGAGCUCCAGAGUUCCUCUGUGGAGAUGGGAGAACCUUCCAGAAGGACAACCAUCUCUGCAGCACUCCACCAAUCAGGUCUUUAUGGUAGAGUGGCCAGACGGAACCCACUCCUCAGCUGAAGGCACAUGACAGCCCGCUUGGAGUUUGCCAAAAGGCACCUAAAGACUCUCAGACCAUGAGAAACAAGAUUCUCUGGUCUGAUGAAACCAAGAUUGAACUCUUUGGCCUGAAUGCCAAGCGUCACGUCUGGAGGAAACCUGGCACCAUCCCUACGGUGAAGCAUGGUGGUGGCAGCAUCUUGCUGUGGGGAUAUUUUUCAGCGGCAGGGACUGGGAGACUAGUCAGGAUCAAGGGAAAGAUGAACGGAGCAAAGUACAGAGAGAUCUUUGAUGAAAAUCUGCUACAGAGCGCUCAGGACCUCAGACUGGGGUGAAGGUUCACCUUCCAACAGGACAACAACCCUAACUACACAGCCAAGACAACGGAGGAGUGGCUUUGGGACAAUUCUCUGAAUGUCCUUGAGUGGCCCAGCCAGAGCCCGGACUUGAACCUGAUUGAACAUCUCUGGAAAGACCUGAAAAUAGCUGUGCAGUGGCGCUCCCCAUCCAACCUGACAGAGCUUGAGAGGAUCUGCAGAGAAGAAUGGGAGAAACUCCCCAAAUACAGGUGUGCCAAGCUUGUAUCGUCAUACCCAAGAAGACUCGAGGCUGUAAUCGCUGCCAAAGGUGCUUCAACAAAGUACUGACCAAAGGGUCUGAAUACUUAUGUAAAUGUGAUAUUUCAGUUUUUCAUUUUUCAGAAAUGUGCUAAAAUUUCUAAAAACCUGUUUUUGCUUUGUCAAUAUGCUGUAUUGUGUGUAGAUUUGAUGAGGAAAAACAAUAAAAUAAAAUAAUCAAUUUUAGAAUAAGGCUUGUAACGUAACAAAAUGUGGAAAAAGUCAAGGGGUCUGAAUACUUUCCAAAUGCACUGUAUAUUCUACUAUUCUCACUCCGACUGAGUUCCUAAAAAAAAAAGGUUAUUUCUUUAUUUGGGGGCAAGUUGCACAUCCCUGGUCUAAAGUGACACCCUUUCCUCACAGUGCUACUAGUGAUACUGUCCUUAAUCGGCAGGCUACACCCUUUCUACUCUCUAUGAAGAAUGUAAUUGUGCAUGUCCUAUGUUCAACAAACUGCCUGUCUGUAUUUUCUGUUAGGAGAGAGUUGACAGCAUGGCCAGGGCCUACCAGCCUAAGAGAGACUCCCUGGCCCAGAGGUCGUCUGUGGGCAUGGCUCACCUGCUGGCAGCCAGGGAGGACAUCUGCAACGUGGUGAAGACCAGCAGUGGCUCCAGCAGAGAGAAUACUGCCUGUGCCAUCAAUAAGGUACUGUGGAAUGUGACCCAAGGUUCAUUGUGUGCAAUUGUCUGAGUGUACAGAAGUGUUGAGUCUUUAUGCCAAAGCAGUAUAACUGACCAAAUGAGUGUCCAUGGUCCCCAGCCAUUGUUCUAUCAUUGACCUACCAUUGUAUUUCACUUCUAUAGAUCCUGAUGGGGAGGGUACCAGAUCGUGGUGGUCGGCCCUCUGAGAUAGAUGCCCCCCUCCCUGAGAUGCCAGCCUGGCACAAGAGACAAGACAGCGGAGGCAGUCGUGGUGGUCGGGGAGGUGGUGGUGGUAGUUGGGGAGUGGGAGGGGUUAAGGGUGGCUGGCAAGGAGGGGGUGGAGUAGGAGGUGGCGGUGGUUGGGGUCAUGGAGGAAAAAGAGGACGUUAUCAAUACUAA